AUGCGCCUUGAUGGACCACAUCCGUUGCGGAUGGCACGCAUGGCUUCCACACAUUUCCAGCAGGGCAAGUCGACGGACCAGACUCCAGACCAGCGUUGGUUCAAGACCUCCGCCACCUCCUUUGCAAAGUACGGCAUCUACCCGGGCCAGGGCUUGAAGGGGAUGUAUCUGCGCGAUCCUCACACAGGCGUGUGGUUCAAGGACACACCUGAACGACUUUGGAACAAGGAGGUCGAACAACCGCGACCCAGUUCGGUUCCCAAAUCCAACCAGGACUUCGUCCCUCUUUACGCUCUUCAUGUGCACCUGCACGGCAAACCGUGA